UCACAACUGAGUGUUGCAUUCGCCUCUGUGCGAGUAGUCAGCUGAUACCUAUCGUGCAUCGAGACAGCUCAUCAUAAUACACUGUUGCAGAAUUUUGGCGAAGUCAUGGCGAAGAAAAGUAUUUCCACUAGAAAGACUUUAAAGAGCGUGUUUUCUAGAAGUGAAGCGAAUCUUAAAGAAUCUGUGGAGAAUGACAGCGGUAAGAGUUCAACAAUCAAGUUCUUCAAAUGGAAGAAAAAGAAGAAAAGCUCAACAGAAGGACCAGAGGACAACCUGGAAUUUACAAGAACCGAGACUGCCUCAUUGGACAAUGCAGAAAGUCAGGAUGGAGAAGAGUCCUCUGGACAUGUGUCAUCUCUUUAUGGCACUGCCCCCAGGUCAAAGAAAGGGCUGAUAAGUUAUUCAGAAACUGACCUCCGUAAACCCAGGAGCUUCAACCUAUUCAACCUAAAUUGGAAAAAGAAGAAGAAAGAUGUGUCCAAGGGAUCUUCAAGCGGCAUUAAAAAUCCAAGGGUCGAAGGUCAUAUCAAUGAGAAAGAUGAGUUGGAAUACCAGGGAGAAACAGAUCAAAUCUCACGACAUCAGAUUGGUUUUGAAGCUCCUUCCUAUACGAUCUCUAACCAAUCCCAGGGUGUCUUCAGUGACUUGUCUUUGGGCAAUGAGGAAGACAGACUAAGAGAUGAUGUCAUUGCAACUGAUGCUUUUAUGCCACCCCAACUGGACAGUGAAAUAAUACCCUACAUUGACUCUUCAUUCUCUGAUAGUGAUGGUUACCAGACACCUCCAGAGAGCCCAGCCACAGGUUAUCGCUCAUGCAAUGUUUCCCCAGUUGUGAAUAGGGAUUACCUAGCCCCUGCUGAAACGAAUAUACCCGGGGCCUCCAGCACCUUCUCAAAACAUCUGUAUAGGAUUUCUGAGAUGGAUGGUCCUGAACCUGUAAAUGUAACAGGCAAUCUGCACACCGCAGAAGUCUUUUCCUCAAAUAAUGCUGCAGUAGAAGAAAGUCCAGAGACUGACCAUGCUAGUCCAAAAUCUUACACUUCAGAGGCUGAUGUCAUAGAUUCAGUCAGUCUCAUUCCCAAAGGCCAAACUGCAGAAAGUGUUGAUACACAUCCUGUUGAUAAUUCAAACCUUGAUAAACAUCCGAACCCAAAUGGGGUUUCUGUUAUGGAUGAUUAUUCACUUUUUAACUCCGAUUUUUGGAAGACUGAUUCGGCUGAUUUUGAAGUCAAACCCCUGACUGCAGACAACAUCUCUAAAGCAGACACAAUAACCUUUACAACAGAGAACUCCAUCUCUUCCAUCCCCCAGCAUUCCCCCUCUUUUAUCUCUGGUAGUUUUAUGUCUGAUUCAAACAAUAUCGAAUCCCAAUUGAGUUCCACCUCAAACUCAGAUUUAGUGUUUACCCAUCCUGAACCUUCCCACAGUAGUCCUGGAUACAUUAUAACUACUGAGCUAAAAGACUACCUAACCAGUACUACAGAUGACACAAACGUGUCUGUCACAGAACUGGUUAAAAACCCAGACCCUUACGAUGGUAUGAAUGUAACUACUUAUACGAGCAAACCCGUUUCUGUUCCAGAUGUGUCUUCCAACUUUGUGGAUGUUAACAUGGAUACAAAGGCUAUUUCAUCAUUCCCCAAUUCGGAUGCUGAAGGAAAUUCAAGCACAGUUUAUGAAGAUGCCUAUACUGUAAAUUACCCUGUAAUUUUUAGCCACCUUGAAGAUUCUCAGCCUGAUUUUAGUAGUGAAACCAUCUCAAUGGAAUCUCCUCAAACUGAGCAUAAUCCCAAAUUUACCCUUGAUUCAGAAGAACCUUACCCUGUUGAAGCACCUGUUCACCCUGAACCUGUCUUUACUGAGGAUGAGUCAAAGGAUACGUCAAGGAUACACACCACUAACUCUACUAAAACCCACACCUUUGACCUCUCAGGUCCCUCAGAUCCCAUCCCAUCUGACCCAGACCAUUCCUGGAGAGUUCUGACUGAAAAUACGUAUUAUUCAAGCACUUUAUCCCAGAAUGAAAGACAAGAUUACACAAGUAAGGGAAUAGACCGAGCAAAAUCCGCCAGCUUUGAAAAUGUCUCUAGUUCUUCUUCAGAUUUGACCGAAUUUGGGACGUCCAAGACUUUAAUCUCUGAAGCCACUCAUUCACAGGAACUGUUCAACUCUCAGGCCCAAAAGGAAGAGAUCUACCAGAGAACAAUCCAAUCUUAUAAAGGUUUAAAUACGGAGGAGGUGCUUUAUAAAGGAAGUCUUAAGAAUUAUGAGAUGGUCGGUCAGGGUAAAACAUCAGAACUGUCUAUGACAACCAAAAAUGAAGUGCAAAUGAAGGAGCCAGAGGAGAAAUAUAGAUCGGAUGGUGUUUAUAAUAAAACUCACGAAGUCUCACCAAUUGAAGAAAAAUAUAUCUACAUUUUACCACAAAAACAAUUGUCCCUUAAUGAGACUGUUGAGAUUCAACGUGUCCAGAAUCAUGAGGAGGCUGAAGACAUGACAGAAAGUUUGCAAAACACCAGAGAAACAUAUAAAAGUCAUGGUGUACUAGCACUAGAAUCAGAGGUAUGUGUAGAGACUGAAUUGUUGACGGGUCCAGCAGAAAGGCAUAUUCACCGUUUCGCUCCACUGAAACCAGCCCUACCAGUCGAUCGAGAAUGUGUCCCAAAAGAAUGUGACCCCACCCCUCCCGCCACCGAGCCAGUAGAGGUAUGGCUCGCAGAUUCCAGCAUGGCAACAUACAAUCACCUGGAGACUUGGCCCCACCCACGCCGUUCUAGUGAAGAGAAAACACUACUACCGGAGGACACCGUGAGGAUCCAAUACCAAACACGCACUGAGAUCCUCCACACUGAGAGGGAGGAACACGGGGCCAACGGAGAGGAUCGCAAAGUCACAUUCCUCACAAGUACACAGAACGGUGAAGGUCAAGGCUGGCAAACCGCUCCGGACACGGAGAAGAUCCCCGCUGCGUACAACACAGAAGAGACCUUCAUACACAGUAAAAACACAAGUCAGGGAGAGGUUGAGUUGACGGAGAUAAAAUCAGCCACAGAUAGCAUCACAACCUUCACUCACGGGAGUGUGGUAGAUAUCAGUGAAACCACACCUGAGGGCAGGACAGACGUUGAAGUUAACGCUGUCCAGGAGCACCUGCUUCCAACACAGCUGACACAAGGCGACAGAUUCUUUGAUGCAGCUACUGUUCUUAAUACAUUGAUUGAAGAGCCAGAAACAGAAAACGAAGCAGGAACUGAGCCUGGAUCGGAGACAGACAUGAGCACUGGCGUUGCUGUCUUCAAUACGAAGCUUAGCCGGCCAUCAUCCACCCGAGAGGGCAGAGAUGACGUCAUGGUGGUCCGCAAAGUGUCCCUGGUCAACUCUGACAGUAAGAUCAGUUUGGGCAACCAUGAAAGUCAGUUGGACAGCAACGAGUUUAGAGAUUCAGAAUCGAGUCCUGAACUUCCCGGAAGAUGGCAAAGCCCCCAUUCUGAUUCUGAAGUAAAGACGUUCACAGAGAAUUCAGAUUAUAACCUCACAAACAGCUUGCAUUCCUCUCCACUGUCCACAAGCUAUGAAAGAGGUGUCUACACGUCUCAUUUCAGCUCCUCCGGGACUCAGAAAACCCAGCCCACUUCUUAUUCCUUGGAGAGCACCGGUAGCCUUGGCAACAGUAGCUGGAAAUUCUCGGAGAGCGAAGUUCAAUCAGGUAGUGCGGGUUACUACAGUGGGAGGAGCAGGGUGGAGCUUAGUACACCUGUCGGAGAGAGAGAGGGAGAGAUACGGAAAACAGGCUUUGACUCCCAGGAUAGCAGCUUGAUGAUCACGGAGGUGGUAGAGGAUUUCUCCGAUGUGUUCAAAGCCACACGCGUAGAGGUGGACUCCUCGCCCACUGAUCUCGAAGCCGAACCUCUGAUUUCUUACACACACGAGAUGGACAACCUGGUGGAUACAUUGAAGAGCAUGGAGCGACCGGUCCGUCAGAGGCUUCCCCGCCAAGCAUCCAACACACCGUUCUCCUCGCUGCCUCCAAUCGAAGAGGACGCCCCGAUCUUGACUCCAUCUCGAAUCUCGCCCAUUACAGAGCCAAAGAAGCUUUUGAACGGAGAUUUCAGUUUACCACUUGACUUGGGUUUCCACUUGAAUUCCCCCAAGGACAUGCGAUCUCCUAUGGCCAUGCUGAAAGAAAGGCAGUCUGGAGAUCCUCCGAGGCUUCCCCAGCCCAUGCGAGCUUCGGCCCUGAGCAGCAUCGUCAUGCGCAAGGGUUCCCUCACUGACCUGAACACCGAAGAGACACCCGCGACAAACGGAGAGAGUCUGCUCCCCACAUCUCGCCUGGAAAACAGCCUGUACUUCCAGCCAGAGAAUGGAAAACGCUCCUUCUUCCGCGCAGCCUCUCUCCCCGACAUCAGCAACAGUCACGACCACAUGAGCUCGGCCCCCAAGAGCACGGACAGUCUGGUCGGAAACGGCUAUGAACGCUUCUCGUACCUCAUGUCUUCAUCGAGUUCACUAAGCGGGAUUUCCGAAACAUCUCGGAUGAGCAUGCCUCCUUCUUUCCGACAUAACUCCUCUACAGAGACCUCAAGCUUUGACCCCAAGAACUCAUUUGAUCUUUACCGCUCACCAGUACUGGGUCUUCAACGCAGCAGUAGCGUUGAUGGAGCACUUCAUCAUCAACACAAUGAUUACAAAGGCUUCCAGAUGAAUCAGAAGCCAAAAGCGGAGCCGGAGCAAACAUUAACACUCAAAUACAAAGCCUUCCCGGAUUCAUAUCAAACAAAAGAAAAGGAACAUGGGAAGCUCAAUCCUCGACCUGGAAAGAUGUUCAUUUAUGACAAGCCUGGAAUGACCGGCCAUGUAAUUGAAGUUCGAGGUGAUGUUAUGGAUGCCACAUCGUGGGAGUUUACAGGAACCAUUUCUAUAAGAGUGGUCAGAGGGGGUUGGGUGUUGUAUGAGAAGCCAGACUUCAAAGGAGAAAAGAUAGCACUAGACGAGGAGGACAUAGAGCUGACAAAUCCAUUCGGACCACCGGAGGAAGAAGAAGCUCCUCUGGAGAAUGGAACCGCACAGGAUCAAGAAGAUGAAGAGCCCAAGCCACAGAUGAAGAAAACUUUUGUCAUUGGGUCCAUACGACGAGCAGUGCGGGAUUACAGUGUUCCUGAAAUAAGUUUCUUCCCAGAGGAGAAUGCAGAGGGCAAGAAGGUCACGUUUAGAGACACGUCCGAAGACGCCAGAAUUUUUGGAUUUCCUAUCAAAGCCAACUCCGUGAUUAUCAACGCUGGACUAUGGCUGGUGUUUGCAGAACCCUUCUUUCAAGGCAACCCACGGGUGCUUGAAGUCGGGGGUUACUCAUCACCUGCCGCCUGGGGUGUCACAAACCCAUAUGUGAGCUCUGUGCACCCGCUAAAAAUCGGGGAACCUCGAGUUGAGAACAUUUCUGAUCCAAAAAUUGUGCUUUAUGAAAAGCCAUAUUUCACUGGGAAAAGCAGAGAAAUCUACAGCUGCAUGAGAGACUUCAUGACAAGAACAGACAAUAGACAAUCAUUGUAUAUGUACAGUCCAGGAUCUAUUAAAGUUAUUGGAGGAUGCUGGGUGGGCUACGAAAAGGAAGGUUUCCGUGGUUACCAGUAUCUUUUGGAGGAGGGAGAAUACCAUGACUGGCGGGUGUGGGGAGGGGUUAACUCAGAGCUGCGCUCGGCCCGAGUCAUUCAAACUGACCUGUCAGAGCCGGUGGUGAUGUUAUAUGCAGAGCCCGAAGGACAGAUGGAGAAUGAAGAAGAGCAAACGUUUGAGGUGACGGAAGCUGUGCCGGAUGUGGAGCUGUUCGGGUUCGGCAUCAACACCCAUUCCAUCCAUGUGCUGAGUGGAGCAUGGGUCGCCUACUCUCAUGUGGAUUUCUCCGGCAACCAGUAUGUCCUAGAGAAGGGCUUCUACACAGGCUGUGGGGAUUGGGGAUCUGGGGACAACCGCAUUUGCUCCAUACAGCCCAUCCUUCCUGCACCCAGUGAAGGGCCCAGCUUCCAAAAUGAGAUUCUGCUGUAUUCAGAGCCCAGUUUCCAGGGCACAUGUAGUGUGUGUAAUCAGAACUUGGGCCGUCUGCCGGAAAACCUCAUAGUCAAGUCAUGCAGGGUGGUGGGAGGAAGCUGGGUGUUGUAUGAAGGAGACAUGUUCACAGGAGACCAGUAUGUUUUGUCAGAAGGAAAUUUUCCCAACUUCACCAGCAUGGGCUGUCCUCCCAGCUGCAGUAUUCGGUCGGCAAAAUCAGUUCCAAUGACUUUUUCAGUGCCUUCAGUCUCUCUCUUUGGGCUGGAGUGUUUUGAAGGUCGAGAGGUCACAGUUGAUAAGCAGAUAUCUAGCCUGCAAGAGGAGGGCUUUAAUACACAGUUCCUCUCUGUGAGGGUCAACAGUGGCUGCUGGGUGUUAUGUGAACAUAGUAACUACAGGGGGCGCCAGAUUCUACUAGAGCCCAUUGAAAUCACAAACUGGCUCAAAUACAGCUCUCUCUCCUGUGUCGGCUCUCUCUACCCAGUCAGACAAAAACAAAGACUGUUCCGCAUUAGAAAUAAUGAGUCUGGACACUACAUGUCAGUGAAGGGUGGGGUUGAGGACAUGAAAACAGGCCGUGUGGUCGUCUCAGAGGAGGUGGAGGGAUUAAGUGAUGUUUGGUUCUACCAGGAUGGGCUCAUCAAGAAUAAGCUGGCACGGACCAUGAGUCUGCAGGUGAUGGGGAAUGUGGAGACAGGUGCUAAGGUGGUACUGUGGAAUGAGAAUCGUACGCCAGUGCAAAUAUGGACCGCUCAGGUCAGCGGCAAAAUCUCCAGUGUCACUUUCCCUGGAAUGGUUCUAGAUGUUAAAGGGGAAAAGUCGUAUGACAAACAUCAUUUAGUUGUCCGAGAGCAGAACGAGGAGCAAGCCAGCCAACAGUGGAAGCUGGAGUUCGUCUAACCCCGCCCCUUUGAACUUAACUGACCCACCAAUCCUUACCUCACCCAUUCAGGCUGCCUGAUAAAUAAAAUAUUUUGUCUAUAAACUGACGUUUGUCUUUGUGUGGGCGCCACUACACAGAGUAAAAUAAAAACCUUAUUGUAACCUUUGGACACGGAAAGAGGCGUACCAGCCAUGGGCAGGAAAGUAUUUUUUAUGAUUGUGAAAUGUAAAGUGAUGAGCUGAAAACUGUUAUUUGCACAUCAUGGUUACCUACAGGUCAUUUUUGAAACUAUGAUCUACAACCCAUAGUUUCACAUUAUAAUAUAUAAAAUAAUCUUUAAAUUCAGAAAACUGUAUUAGCUUUUCACUGUCUCUGUUAUAUAUUUUAUAUAUAUAUAUUAAAAACAGCCAGUCACUUCAGAUCUGACCUUUAUUUUGAUCAUUUUAUUUUUUCAUGUCCUGGGAAGGUUUCCAUGAAAGUUUGUUCUGUCAUCUUGUUUUUAUAACCAAAUAUGUGUUGAUGUCAAUAUAGUACAGCACAGUAUAGCAAUGUAAUAUCACCAUGUUAUUUUUGGAAUACCAAGAAACUUUAUUCUAUAACUUUAAUUUUAAAGUUUAAUGUGAAAUAUGUAACAGGGAGUGGCUUUAAUUUUGUAAUAAAACAUCUAAAAAUAUUCAA